AAAAAUCAUAGAGGUUAACUUGUAAAGAUGGCGGCCACCAGACACGUGAAAUUAAAUUCUGGUUGGAAAAACUUUGAAAUUUCACCUGAUUUGCUUUCUGAUAGAGCUUUUGAGUCUCUAAUCAGCUGUAAAGUAAUAACAGAUUAUGAAAUAAUUGACCCCAAAAAGAGGAAGAGGAUAAAACCAAAAGAAAACGAGUCUGGCAAAACCAAGGAAACCAAGGAAAGCAAAAUUCAAGAAAAGGCAGUGAAAAAGAAGAAAUCAAGAAAAGGGAAAUCAUCCAAAACUGGAAAAGACUAUACAACAAGCUCUGUCAGUGAAAUUGAUGUUUCAUCUGAACUUAUGAAAUUAAAUAACAAAAAACACUCUGUCACAGAAAGCUCAUCAGAAAGACCAACUAAGAAAAAGAAACAAAAGUUAAAAACACAAAACAAGCUAGAUUCUUGGACUGUGACAUCUCAAUCAACAGAUACAGACAACAACACAAAACAAAACAAUAAUAAGAAAAAGAAACAAAAACCACAGAAAGCUAAGGAGACUUUUAAAAAUGAGGUGAUAAAAUCAAGUGAAUCCAAGGAAAGUACUGAAGAGACAAGGGCAACAAGUAAAAAGAGAAAAAUAAAAAAUAAAAACUCUGUUGAAAGUUACUCAAGUGAAAGAAAAAGAAUGAAGAUGAUUAAAGAUUCUGAUGGAGAGGAAACAGAAGCUGUGGAUAAUAAUGAACUGAUGGAGAAAAUGGUAGCAUGGAAAAAUUUCUUUGUUCCCAAAAAGGUGCUUCAAGCUCUUCAUAGAAAUAAAUUCUUCUCUCCUACUCCCAUCCAAGCCAUGUCCCUCCCCAGUGCCAUAAGGGACAGGAAAGAUAUAGUGGGAGCAGCGGAGACGGGGAGUGGGAAAAGUCUAGCAUUUGGAAUCCCAGUUAUUCACAACAUUCUUGUACGCAAAGAAAAAGAAGCUAAAAGUAACACUUCAAAAGGAGAGACCCCUGAUGUUGACAUUGAUACUGAUGAUGAUGAUGAUGAAGGGAAUGAAAAGUCAUCUGGAUCAGAUGAGGAUGAAGAAAUUUCACCUGAUGAUGAUAGCAAGGUAGAAGAGGUAGUUGAAGAUGAUGACAUUUCAGGGGAAGAUGAUGAUGAUGAUGAAGAUGAAGAAGUGUUGUUUGAGGAUGAGGACAUUUCAGAUGAUGAGGAUGCAGAGGAUUAUGCUAAAAAUCAGGAUUCAGAACAGACAGAAGAGUUGGGUUGUGUAAAGGUGAUUGAUGAUGCUGACUUCUCUGCACUUGGAUUCCCUAAUUCUGGACCAGCUCUGAGAAAGGGCAAUAAGUUCCCAUUGGCUCUAAUCCUCCAGCCAACCAGAGAGCUGGCUAUCCAGGUCAAAGAUCACCUACAGGUGGCAGCAGCAUUCACUGAUAUCACAAUUGCCCCAAUUGUUGGUGGAAUGUCAGCUGAGAAACAAAAAAGGAUUUUAAAGAAGUGUCCAGAUAUAUUGGUAGCCACUCCAGGAAGGUUAUGGGAACUCAUGGAGCAGGAUCCCUACUUGUCUCGCAUUGAUGAAGUGGACAGUCUAGUUAUAGAUGAAGCAGACAGAAUGAUAGAGAAGGGCCACUUUGAAGAAUUGACUCAGAUUCUGGCUUUUAUUAAUAGAAAUGAGAAGAAGAAGCACAAGAGACAGACAUUUGUAUUUUCAGCCACCUUGACCUUGGUUCAUGCAGGGCCUCAACGUUCUGUCCGUAAGAAAAUGACUCUCACGGAGGAAAAGAAGCUAGAAGCCCUGAUGAGUAAGAUCCAGAUGAGGGAGAAGCCAAAAGUGAUAGACCUGACAAGGAAGAUAGGGACAGUGGAGACAUUGACGGAGGCCAGAAUAAACUGUACUCUGGAGGAGAAGGAUCUGUUUCUGUACUACUUCCUGACCCAGUACCCAGGCCGUAGACUGAUUUUUGCCAACAGUAAGGACUGCAUUCGACGUCUUGUUUCCAUUCUCACUCUCCUUAAAACAGACCCUUUACCCCUACAUGCUGACAUGCAUCAGAAGCAGAGACUGAAAAACCUGGAGAGAUUUACUGCCAAUGAUAAAGCUGUACUGCUGGCUUCUGAUGUUGCUGCCAGAGGUUUGGACAUCCCUAAUGUAGAACAUGUGAUCCACUACCAGGUGCCACAGACAGUGGAGAAUUAUGUCCAUAGAAGUGGAAGAACGGCUCGUGCCAUGAAGGAAGGCCUGAGUAUAAUGCUUAUUUCUCCAGAAGAUGUGAAAAAUUACAGGAAAAUUGUUCACACCCUCAAUAGAAGUGAAGAUCUUCCAGUAUUUCCAGUGGAAUACCAACUUCUAUCAGCUCUAAAGAAAAGACUUAACUUAGCGAAAAGAAUUGAUGUAGAGGAGCAUCGGUUUAACAAGAAGAAGAGACAGAAUGAAUGGUUUGAGAAGGCAGCCAAGGAAAUGGACAUGUUGAUAGAUGAUCAGGAACUUUUAACUGACCUUGGAGACUCGUUUGAACAGUCAGGGAGAAAACAAGAUUUGAAAAGCAUGAAGAAUGAAUUGGAUCAGAUGUUAAAGCAGAGGCUGGCUCCUCAGGCCUUCACUGGGAAAUAUCUCACUCAAUCGGGAAAACUAGAAAUGUCUAAUGAGGAAGAGAAGAAAGAUGCCGUAAAAGUUGUCAAAAAAGACCAGAAAUUACAACAUAAACUUCUGGAAUCCAUCCCUCACAGUCAGAAAGGCAAUGUAAAAAAGAAAUCAAAAUGGAAAAAGAAAAAGUGUUAAGAAGUCAGGUACAAAGACGGUGUUAGAGUUCCUCAAAAUACACCCAGAUAUCUGUGCGCCUGCAAACGAAAUUCACUAUUUUACAAGA